AUGCCGCAUCCCCAGCGCUCCCACCCGCGGCUCCACGAGCGCACAGUGACAUCCUCUGUCGGGAUGCGGCAGCAGCCGAGCCUCAGCCACCCGCGGGGAGACCGGCUUGGGGACACUGCUGUGUCCCCAGCGUGCCAGGCAGCUGCCGGCUCGUUGUGCGCACAGCUGGGAGAUGCAAGCCCGGCUCUGAGCGCUGUCCCAGCGCUGGGCACGGUGAGGGACGGGAUGAGGCUGACUCCUGCCGAGGGCAUCCUUUGGAGCAGCCGCCCCCGGCAGGACAGCGGCUGUGGCAGCCUGUUUGAGGAGGAAUUCGGUGCCUUCUGCAUCCCCCUCUACGUGCCCUAUGUGCUGACGGGGAGAUGGAUCUUCGGGAGAAGCCUCUGCAAACUCUGGCUGGUGGUUGAUUACUUGCUGUGCACCUCUUCGGUCUUCAACAUCGUACUAAUUAGCUACGACAGGUUCCUCUCGGUGACAAGAGCGGUCGCCUACAGAGCCCAGCAAGGCAACACCAGGCAGGCAGUGCUGAAGAUGGUGAUGGUGUGGGUGUUGGCAUUCCUGCUGUACGGACCUGCCAUUAUCAGCUGGGAGUACAUAUCAGGCCAGAGCAUCAUCCCCAGUGGGGAAUGCUAUGCUGAGUUCUUCUACAACUGGUAUUUCCUCAUGACAGCCUCCACGCUGGAGUUUUUCACCCCUUUCAUCAGCGUGAUGUUUUUCAACCUGAGCAUUUACCUGAACAUCCAGAAGCGCACCAAAAUGCGCCUGGAUGUUUUCCACGAAGUGCACAACCAGUCCUUCACUGAAGAGGUGGAAAGGAGCCCAGAAGCAAAGCUUUCUUUGAAAUGCUGUAAGUGGGAGCAGAAGGAGUCAGCUGAAACCCUCGACCUCUCUAAGAGCAAAGCUCAAGCAGCAGCCUCCACCUCCAGCCUGGAUGCCAAAGACCUGCUGGAAACAGAGAGCUCCAGGGAACCCAAGUGUUGCAACAAAAAGAGCUGCAAAACUUCAGCCUCCACUCUGUCCUCAGACAAACGGGUGAAGAUCGUGUCCCAGAGCACGACUCAACGCUUCAGGCUCUCCAGAGACAAGAAAGUGGCCAAAUCACUGGCAAUCAUUGUGGGCAUUUUUGGGAUUUGCUGGGCACCGUACACUCUCCUGAUGAUCAUCCGCGCCGGCUGCCACGGCCAGUGCAUCUCUGAGUUCUGGUAUGAGACUUCUUUUUGGCUGCUGUGGAUCAACUCAGCUGUCAACCCUGUCCUAUACCCCCUCUGCCACUCCAGCUUCAGAAGGGCUUUUAUUAAACUCCUUUGCCCCAAGAAGCUGAAGAUUCAGCCUCACUAUGCCCUUCAGAACUACUGA